CUUGUAGGAAACUGCAGAGCAAACUUCGUGAUGUCCAAACCACCAUCGAGCACGAACACUUGGCUGCUCCGGAAUCGCAAGCGGACCGAUCUCCCGCCGAGCAAUCCGCCGAGCGAGAAGCGAAACCUCGACGGAAUCGUCGGCAGUCUUGCCGACCGGGCUGCCAACCAAUACCAUCGGAUACAAAAUCUCUUCCGGUCCUCAGACGAUCAGGAGAAAGCCGACAGUCGAGGAACCGCGCAAGGGUCCAGCUCCACUCUCCAAGCCGAGGAGAAACCGGCCUCCUCUUCCAGUCAUGGUAGACGCUUCUUCAAAUCCGCUCCUCAGUCUGCCCCCUUGCAAGCUAGGGUCCGGGAAAUAGAGGAAAUCCUUGGAAGGCUUGAGAUACUACUUCAGGAGCAUUCCCGUCGACUGACGAUGCUAGAAGGAGAGACGCAACAACUAGCUUCGAAGGGCACCAUCCGAUCCAACGCCCCAGAUACACCGAUGAGCAUUGCCCAGGACCCGGAACCGGGCGCGUCGGCGCCGCCUGCUUUCCCGGCUAGUUUGUCGGCCCUCGAUCCGGUCUUUGUUCAAUCGUUGGCCAAUCGCUUAGAUCAUAUGGAGACUCUGAUGAAGAGUCGAGAAAGGAGCCGCGCCAGGCCGAAGCCGAGGGUCAACAAGCUGACCAGGUUCAUGGGACUGGAAGACCAUAGCUCUGGCUCCCCUCUCAAGCGUCCGAGAAUCUGA